GAACGCGGAAAUAGACCGGAACUGGUAGCAAUAUUUCGCGCCAAAUUGAAACAACGGAACAGUCUGCUCUGAGUCACGAGGGGCGAGCUGGAGACAACAACUGCUAUUGACAUUUUGCCCGUUAUAACAAAGACAAGUUUAGUUAACAUGGAGGAGGCCAAGAAGCUAAUCGGCACGGGCAAGAAGCACCUGGUGAUGGGGAAGGUGGUGGAGGCGGUGGGCGCCCUGCAGGAGGCCUGCGGCCUGCUAGCCAAAAAAUAUGGAGACACAGCAGAUGAGUGUGGAGAGGCUUUUUUCUGGUGUGGUCGAGCCCUGCUGGAUUUGGCACGGAUGGAGAACUCUGUCCUUGGUAAUGCCCUGGAAGGAGUACCAGAGGAGGAUGAGGAUGAAGGCGAGAAACCCAAGGACUCCAACGUUGACAGCACAGAAAACAUGGAUGAGAAGACCAGAGAUGAGCUGAGGGCUCAGGUUUAUGAUGCCAUGGCGGAGAAGACAAAUGAAGACUCCGAGAAGAAAAAUGAAGACUCCGAGAAGGAAACUGAAGACUCCGAGAAGACAAAUGAAGACUCCGAAAAGGAAACUGAAGACUCCGAAAAGGAAACUGAAGACUCAGAGAACGACAGUGAAGAGAAGAAGGGAGACGUAGAAAAGGGUGAUAAGCAUAAGGACGCUGCAGAGAAUGUCGAAGUUAAAGAAAGCAAAUUUGAUAAAAGUGAAGAAAAGAUGGAGACCGAGAAAGAAUCUGGAGAUGAGGAGGAGGACGCGCAAGAUGAAGAAGAGGAGGGUGAAGAGGCAGAAAUGGAGGGUGACACAGAAGGAGGUGAAGGAGACGCUGCUGCAGAGAAGGACAGUGAUGAUGAUGAUGAUGAGGUGGUGGGGAACCUGCAGCUCUCCUGGGAGAUGUUGGAGGUGGCGAAAGUCAUCUACAAAAGGAAAGAGUCGAAAGAGGACCAACUCAUGGCAGCCCAGACUUACCUGAAACUGGGCGAAGUUUCGUCUGAAUCAGGGAACUACACGCAGGCGAUGGAGGACUUCCAGGAGUGUCUGAAGCUGCAGGUGAAGCACCUGGACCCAGACAGCCGCCUGCUGGCAGAGACGCACUACCAGCUGGGGCUCACCUACGCCCUAAACCUGCAGUACAGCCAGGCCAUCGAGGAGCUCAACAGCUCCAGCUCCAUCAUCAAGAGCAGGCUGGACAAACUGAAGCAGCUGCUGGAAAAGGCCGAGGGUCCGGAAGCUCUGCCGGAGGAGAGGAAGGAGAUGGAGGAGCUGAAGGCCCUGCUGCCAGAGAUCCAGGAGAAGGUGGAGGAUGCCACCGAGGGUCUGAAAACAACCCGCGCUGCUGCUGCUGAAGGAGCAAGGGGGGUGCUGGACGGAGGCUCCACUUCCUCGGCCUUCCCCGGCUCCACUGCGCUCCCCGGGGACUCCUCAAGCAGCUCAAAGAUUAAGAUCACGUCUACCAACGGACACGCCUCCAAAUCUCCAGCCUCGGACAUCUCCCACCUGGUCAGAAAGAAGAGGAAACCAGAGGAGAGUCCAGUGAAGGAGGAGGGCGUGACGAAGAAGCUGAAGCAGAACGACGGUCAGGCCAACGGACACUAACGGACAUGUUGACCUCAAGACAAGGAUUCCCCCAGCAGGCCGAGCUCUUCCGUCCCGACGCCCGUUUGCUGCUGUAAAUAUUGUUUGUCUGUGAUCUUUGUGUUUGUUCAUGUACGUAACCUAUUGAGAGAAAUAAAUAUCAUUUGAUAAAUCUUG